AUGGAUCCGCUCGCUUCCCUCCGGCAGCUGGUUCAAACCCAUCCCCUCAUCGAUAACCAUGCUCAUAACCUCCUCGAUAAACCCAAUGCAUGCAACUACACAAAGUACGCUUUCGAGCAAAUCACAUCGGAGGCCCAAGGCGUUGCCUUGGAGAAUGCACCCCUUACCUUACCGCUUCAACGUGCCGCUCAUCAACUUGCGAGCCUCUAUGAUUGUCCCUCGAAUGAUUGGGACCGUGUAAAGGCGGCCCGCGAUCAAUGGGUGGAACGAGAUUACGAUGAACUAAUUCGCCGCUGUCUCGAAGGCACGCAUAGCCUUCUGCUGGAUGAUCUUUUGACUGAGGGGGAUAUCGAGCCCUUUGACUGGCAUGAUCGUUUCACUGCAGCCCCGACUAAGCGAAUCGUACGGAUUGAGGUAGUGGCCGCCCAGGUCCUCGCUUCCAUCCUACCUGAAGGAUAUUUGGGGUCCCUAGAUGACAUCGUCAAUUUGAAACAGAACUUCGACCAAUUUCGCCAAAGCUUUCAUCAAGAGAUCGAGAAAGCGAUUGCGGACCCUGUGGUAGUCGGGUUCAAAUCUGUCAUCUGCUAUCGUACUGGCCUGAACGUCCAAUCCGCUGAUGAUGAGGGAAAUGAAAAUUGUCUGCUUCGAUCUUUUGCUCGAACAAUUCAACAAGGGACUGGCUCCACUUACCGUGUUGAAGACAAGCCCUUGAAUGACUGGGUCGUUCAACAGACCCUGGAUCUGCUUCAGAACGCUAGAACCACGACGCCUUCUGGCCCGAAUAAACCAUUGCAACUCCACACCGGGCUCGGAGACAAUGAUAUUAACUUAAUCCUCUCGAAUCCUGCCUACCUACAGGACCUGAUUGCCAGAUAUUCGAAAGUGGACUUUGUCUUAUUACACUCAUCUUACCCCUAUACCCGCGAGGCAGGUUACCUCGCUUGCGUUUACCCUAAUGUCUACUUAGACCUUGGAGAAGUGUUCCCGAUGGUGAGCCGAGACGCCCAGGAGUCUAUAAUCCGAGAAAGCCUGGAAAUCGUACCGACCAACCGUCUUCUGUGGAGCACGGACGGCCACUUUUUCCCGGAGACGUUCUGGCUUGCCAACAAGCAAUUCCGGGACGCACUCGAGAAGGUUCUUGUGGACUAUGUUCGUCAAGGUGACUUUGCUAUCGACCAGGCUAAAGCAGCAGCUUCGGAUAUACUCUUCCACAACUCGAAUCGACUAUACAAUUUAAAUGAGACCCUUUUCUACGGUGAGACGCACAAAUCUGCCUCUAGGCCACUAAAAGGGUCAUCAAGCGAUGAAUGGGAGGCCUUUGUACGGAACAAUCCGGAUAUCAAGUAUAUAUGGCUGCAGUUCUUCGACUAUACCGCGACGCUGCGCCUACGCAUUUUCCCAGUUCGGGAGUUUGCCAAGAUCGUACGCAAAGAACGUCGUAUAGGGGUCUGUCUGGCCACCCAGCAGAUGCUCCAAAAUGACACAGUUUGUCCCGAGGGCUCUACCACCGGUCAAUUUUACAUGAAGCCAGAUCUGUCCACUCUUUCCCGCAACGUAGGGCUGGACUCCAAAAGUGCGACUGUCAUGAGCUGGUGGUUUACAGAGGAGGGUGCGCCCUUGCCUGGAUGCCCUAGGAGCCUUCUACGCAAUGUGACUUCCCGGCUGCAGACCAACCAUGAAAUUCAAGUCCUGUGCGGGUUCGAAAUCGAAGUUGUGUUUCUGGAAUGCAUCACCAAUCCUGACUCAAAAGAGGAAGAAUUUGUUCCGUGUGUCAGAAACCACUCCUGGUCCCAGAUGACCAGGGAGACCAGACGUAUGGUGCCUUUGCUCGAAGAAAUUGUCGAGAACCUCGCGUCUAUCGGCAUUGAUAUCCAGCAGUUCCACGCUGAAUCCGCCCCUGGUCAAUUUGAAUUUGUCCUUCCUCCUGAGUCACCCGUGGCUGCGGUUGACACCCUUAUGAAAGCACGGCAGGUGGUGACCCAGGUCGCUGAACAACAUGGUCUUCGUGCCACGCUGCAUCCCCGUCCUUACCCCCACGCUGCUGGCACAGCGUCCCACGCACAUCUCUCUAUCAACCCACCCACCAAAGAGGAUAAUUUUCUUGCAGGUAUUCUCCAGCACUAUCCGGCCUUGAUGGCCGUUGCACUUGCUGGGGAUGUUAGUUAUGAUCGGGUUAGUUCUGGCCUGUGGGCUGGUAGCGAGUGGGUUGCUUGGGGUACGCAGAACCGUGAAACACCAAUCCGGAAAAUCUCCCCAGGGCAUUGGGAAAUCAAGACAUUAGAUGGGCUAGCGAAUAUGUACAUCGCCAUGUCGGCUUUCUUGGCUGCAGGCUAUCUUGGAGUGGAGAACAACGAACCUUUGACGGCCUCUGAUUGUCCCUAUGAUGCUGCGACCUUGGAUGAAGCGGACCGUCAGGUCUACGGCAUCACUACUCCACUGCCGAAAUCGCUGUCUCAGAGCCUUGAUCAUCUGGAAGCGGAUUCUGCUUUGCAAAGCAUACUUGGUUCGACCCUAGUCGAGAACUACAUCAUUGUCAAACGCGCAGAGAAGAAGACGCUGGAUGCGAUGGAGGAAGAUGCACGGAGAAAGUGGCUGUUGGAGCGAUAUUAA